AAAAAAAAAAAAACGGGGGCAAUCCGACGCUGGUCAUCGAUGGUCGGGACUUGACGGACAGGGGACUUACGGUUUCGGACCAUGACUGCAGCCGACCAGAAGUUGUGAGCGACUUGUAAGUGAACUGUCGCUUGUAAAUUGUGAUGCUUUGAAUGGAGACUAUUUUUCAAAAGUUUUAUUCGGUGCUGUCAGAUUCAUCCGUUUCAGGAAAGCCUCGUGUCCCCAAGUUUCUUAAUCUUUCUUAUAAGCCAGGUCCCAUAUCCUUCCUUGGCAGUCGGAAACCCAGAAGAAGCCUAAAUUUAAGGAUGGCCCGAGCUCCACAAGACCUAGCUAUUCAUCAACAAAAAGUCAUAAUACCCAACAAGCAGCAAGAUAAACUAGUUGGCAUCCUACAUGAUUCUGGAACCUUGGAAAUUGUUAUCUUAUGCCACGGUCUUGGAGCCUCAAAGGAAGACAAUAUCAUGGUGAACCUUGCUUCUGCUCUGGGAAAGUCUGGAAUUAGUUCUUUUCGCUUCGACUUCACUGGAAAUGGGGAAAGUGAAGGUUCAUUUGGAUUUGGAAACUAUUGUAGAGAGGUUGACGAUUUGAAUGCAGUGAUCCAACAUUUCCAUGAAGCAAACCGCAGAGUUAUUGCAAUUAUUGGGCACAGUAAAGGAGCCAAUGUGGUGCUUCUAUAUGCUUCAAAGUAUCAUGACAUUAAGACAGUUUUCAACCUCUCUGGUCGCUAUAAUCUGAUGGAAGGCAUUGAAGAACGUCUUGGCAAGGAUUUUAUGGACAGAAUAAGGAAGGAAGGCUUCAUUGAGGUGAAGAUUAAUUCAGGAAGUUAUAGGGUCACUGAGGAAAGUCUGAAGGAUCGCCUAAGUAUAAAUAUGCGUGAAGAAUGCCUUAAGAUUGACAAAGAAUGCAGGGUCUUCACAGUCCAUGGUUCUGCUGACCAAGCUAUCCCUGUUAGAGAUGCAUACGAGUUCACCAAGAUCCUACCUAACCACAAGCUACAUAUCAUAGAAGGAGCUAAUCACAUAUAUUCUGACCACCAAGCUGAAUUAACCUCCGUCGUUGUGAACUUCCUAAAGGAAACGUUGCAUCAGGGCAAUGCUUAGGUUAGGUAGUUCUGUCCUAGAGGGUUUAUGAACUCUGCUUUUAUAUCGUCUCAUAAUAUAUAUAACAGGGCUUGUAUUAUAUCUGGCUGGUUUGAGCCAUUUGAUUGUGACGCUGAUGACAAACUUCACCUGCUUAUUAAUGGCAUGUGAGCUAUUUUAGAGAGAUCUGUUCUUGUGCUUAUUGAUAAUGAUCCCUGGGACUAUUACCAUGGGAUUGCAAACAA